AUGAGGCCUGGUCUGCAGAACACCACAUCACCUGAGGGUAAUAUCCGUCACCUUGUUUAUCUAUUGGAGAACGCCAUACUGAACCUCCCUGAGGGACAAGAGCAAAUGUCAUGGCUCAUAGACUUCAAUGGCUGGUCUUUAAAUACCAAUGUCCCGAUUAAAACAGCCAGAGAUAUCAUCCACAUUUUACAGAAUCAUUAUCCUGAGAGGCUUGCUGUGGUUGUACUCUACAGCCCGCCAAGAAUAUUCGAGGCAUUUUGGAAGGUAGUGAAGUACUUUGUGGAUCAGAAAACCUUUCAGAAAAUAAAGUUCGUAUACCCGAAUAACAAGGAGAGUUUGGAGGUCAUGAAGAGCUUUUUCAACACAGAGAAUCUCCCAAGCGAGUUUGGCGGGAAAGGUACACUGAAAUACGAUCAUGAAGAAUUUUCGAGACUGAUGGCACAGGAUGAUGUCAAAACUGCCAAGUUUUGGGGGUCGGAUCAAAGCAAUGAGUGUGACAAUAUUAAGAAUAUUACUUUUCCUUUCUUCUUGUAUAUAUACUAUGGGAAGUAG